GGAAGGAAGAGGAAGAGGGUCUGGGCGAUGGUGUAUCCGGGACGAGCCUCCAGAGACCAAGAGGGAUAGGUAAACCCGGCGCGCAGCCACCGGCACGCUGGGCCAACGAAGUCUGGGGUCUUGGCGCGGAGUUCCUGGGCCGCUGGCCAGGCUUGCGCCGGUGGCUUUGGAUCCCUGGCCCGCUUCCCCCCACCCAGCCUCCAGAGCAGCGCUGGCCUGCUCCCCACACUCCGCGGCACCGUCCCGGGAGCCGAGCGUCGGCGGGGAGGCCGCCUCUCCGCCGUAGGUCUCGGCGGUCCUGAAACCCUGGAGGCGCGCGUGUGGCACACGCCCAGGAGGGCUUGAUUUUUGUUGAUGUGUGUUGUGAAUAAGGAAAAUGCUCUUCGUUAAGCCAUAUUUGUGACUUCCGAUAUUUCACUAAUACUUUUCAAUCAAGAAAACAGCAUUGCUAACUUGCCUAUCACUUUAAAGUGGUAUUUGAAGGAUUUGUGUGAUACAAUUAUGACUUUGUAAUUAGGCACCCUAAAAACCCGAUCAGGCCUAUUGCUUACUUUCUUUGAUUCAUCUGUCUUCUCUGCUGUGAUCACCUUGUUCCUCCUGAUAUGGAAGGCGUGAUAAAGCGGAAUUGGGAAUAUAUGUGUAGCCAUGAUAAAGAAAAAACGAAGAUCCUAGGAGACAAAAAUGUUGAUCCCAAAUGUGAAGACAGUGAGAACAAGUUUGACUUUUCAGUGAUGUCCUAUAAUAUACUUUCACAAGAUUUACUGGAAGAUAACUCUCACCUUUAUAGACAUUGCCGGCGGCCAGUAUUACACUGGAGUUUUAGGUUUCCCAAUAUUCUGAAAGAAAUUAAACACUUUGAUGCAGACGUACUUUGUUUGCAAGAAGUUCAAGAAGAUCAUUAUGGAGCAGAGAUCAGGCCAAGUUUGGAAUCACUGGGUUAUCACUGUGAAUAUAAGAUGCGGACAGGAAGGAAACCUGAUGGCUGUGCUAUUUGCUUCAAACAUUCCAAAUUUUCACUCUUGUCAGUGAAUCCAGUGGAAUUCUUCCGCCCUGAUAUUUCUCUGUUGGACAGAGACAAUGUUGGAUUAGUUUUACUCUUGCAGCCCAAAAUUGCAUGUGCUGCCUCUCCUGCGAUCUGUGUAGCAAAUACCCAUCUGUUGUAUAAUCCAAGGCGAGGUGAUAUUAAGCUGACCCAAUUGGCAAUGCUACUGGCAGAGAUUUCCAGUGUUGCCCACCAGAAAGAUGGCAGCUUCUGCCCUAUUGUUAUGUGUGGUGACUUUAAUUCUGUUCCUGGUUCUCCACUAUAUAGUUUCAUAAAGGAAGGAAAAUUGAAUUAUGAAGGACUUCCCAUAGGAAAGGUAUCUGGCCAGGAACAGUCUUCACGGGGACAAAGAAUUUUAUCUAUUCCAAUUUGGCCCCCAAACCUAGGUAUCUCACAGAACUGUGUGUAUGAGGUACAGCAGGUACCAAAAGUAGAAAAGACAGACAGUGAUCUGACACAAACACAACUGAAGCAAACAGAGGUCCUAGUGACAGCUGAAAAAUUAUCUUCAAAUUUACAGCACCAUUUCAGCUUGUCAUCUGUUUAUUCACAUUACUUUCCUGACACUGGAAUUCCAGAAGUGACCACCUGUCAUUCCCGAAGUGCCAUAACUGUGGAUUAUAUUUUCUACUCUGCAGAAAAGGAAGAUGUUGCUGGGCACCCAGGAGCUGAAGUUGCUUUGGUUGGUGGCUUGAAACUUCUAGCUAGACUGUCACUUCUUACAGAACAAGACUUAUGGACUGUUAAUGGACUUCCAAAUGAAAAUAACUCUUCAGAUCAUCUGCCUUUAUUGGCAAAGUUCAGACUUGAGCUCUGACUUCUUUGAUCACAUACGAAUUUUCUUUCCAAUUUGUAUUGUUUUUCAAAGAAUGUAAAGUUCUUAAGUGUAUGCAUGUUGUUUAUUUUUGCACUGUGGAGUUUCUGAGGAGGUUAUGUUAGAUGCUUUGAAACUCUGUAUCAGAAGAAACAACUUUAUAACAAUUUUUUUAAUAAUGAAAAAUAUUUUUCUGACAAGUGAGAUCUAAAUACUCUUUAUUGUAAAAGAGAUGUAAAGGUUUUGUAUUCUAAAUCCUAGUAAAAUUGACAGUGAUUUUUAAAUAUAAUGCAUCUUCCUUUGUCUGCUUGUAAAAAAUUUCAUUUCAUAAAUUUUGGUGAGCUCUGUAGUGGAUCCAAAAUAUCUUUUGAGUUCUUGUAAACUAUAAGCGGUUUCUUUCCAGAAGGCUUGAUUUCAUUAGGAGACCCCUCUAUUGAGUUCUAAAUAGUUUAUCUUAGAAAUCCUUGGGUCAUUCACAGGUAUCCAACCAGCCAUUGUUUAGUUUGUUUUUGAAGGGGUUUGAUAAUGCUUUUUAAGUUGUACAGAAUGCUUAAUCCAUCAUAUUACUGUCCUGAGCCAUGUAAUAUGCCUGCAUCGUGUUGGGGAAAUGUUUGGGAAAUGUAAGUCAGCAUAACGUGUAAAGCUCACUCUUUCACCCUAGAACAGAUAGAGGUGGGCUUAAUAGAGGCAGAGACUGGGGAUAUACCUUUGUUUCCCUAGCAUUUUUAUUUAUUUAUUUUUAAUUUAUUAUUAUUAUUUUUUUGAGAUGGAGUUUCACUCUUGUUGUCCAGGCUGGAGUGCAAUGGUGCGAUCUCUGCUCACUGCAACCUCUGCCUCCUGGGCUCAAGCAAUUCUCCUGCCUCAGCCUCCUGAGUAGCUGGGAUUACAGGCAUGCGCCACUACUCCCGGCUUAUUUUGUAUUUUUAGUAGAGACGGGGUUUCUCCAUGUUGGUUAGGCUGGUCUCAAACUCCCGAGCUCAGGUGAUCUGCCCAACUCAGCCUCUCAAAGUGCUGGGAUUACAGGCGUGAACCACUGCAGCUGGCAGCAUUUUUUAAAAAUUCAGUUUUAAGAUCUCUGGGUUAGGGGAGAGAUUUUAUUUUACUGAACCAGUUCUGUAGAAAUUUAUUUUAUUAGGAAAUUUGUCUUUGGAACAAAAUGGCAGCUAUAAAAUUGUUUUUGUUAUGCCUCAGAAAUAUGAGGAAGCCUGUAAAACUCUAGUGGGAAGAUAUUAACCUGGAGUCCUAAUACUCUGUAAAUAGUCAUUAAACUGUUGGUUUUAGUGGUUUUGUUUCUAAAAUGUUUUCUUUUACAGUGAUGCACCAGUGUGAGAUGGUGCUGACACUUUCUAUGAAGUGGUUAUGAGUAGGUUUAAUAAAUCCUAUAUACAAGUGUUUGAAUUGAUUUUAAAACAUAAAAAGUGGAAAUUUCCUUUUUUGUAGACAGUAGGAACAAGGAAUUACAUACAUUUUUACUAAGUAGUAAUUUUACACUGAAUUAUAAAUGUUUUUACAGUGAGUUUUAUUAAUAGAAUGCUUCACCUUAAAUUGGAAAAUAAUAAUAGUCUUGGACUAAGUCUUUGUACUAAAGCAUUUGCUAUAAUUAUUUUUUAAAAAACAGAUGAAAACCUCAAAGAAGGCAUGUGGAUUAUAAGAUUUAUCUAGAAAAAAUUGUAAUUGAAUAUGUUUAAAUAUUUAAUUUCUCACUUUGGGGGGGUUUUUGUUUUUUAGACGGCAUCUCACGCUGUCACCCAAGCUGGAGUGCAGUGGUGCGAUCUUGGCUCACUGCAACCUCCGCCUCCUGGGUUCAAGCAAUUCUCCUGCCUCAGCCUCCCCAGUAGCUGGGAUUACAGGUGUGCACCACCACGACCAGCUAAUUUUUGUAUUUUUAGUAGAGAUGGAGUUUCGCCAUGUUGGCCAGGCUGGUCUCGAACUCCUGACCUCAGGGGUGAUCCACUUGCCUCAGGCUCCCAAAGUGCUGUGAGUACAGGCAUGAGCCACCACUCCUGGCCUUUGGGGGGAUUUUAAUUGCAGUAUUAACUAUAGUUCCAAGAUUUCUCACAUUUUAUAGUAGUAGUUUACAGAAUAUUAUGUGCCCUAAUUAGCAGAUACAGACAUCAAAUUAUAAUGAUAGUAUAAUUUGAUAGUAUAAUAAUCCCCUUUUUAGUAUUGGGGAAAAGAAAAAUGAAAAUUCAUUAGUUAAUUACUGCCUUGUGUUGUGUGAAUUUAUUAACAAAUAACAUUAUUACAUAUAGGUCAUUGUUAACAAACGAACAUCCCUGAAAACCUCUGUGAAAAGUUUUUAUAUCCUGAUUAAUAUAUUCUGGCCCAUUUUUCAUGUGCUUCACUUUGAUAGAGUUAAUCCAUAAAAUUGCUCCCUACUUUAGCUUAUCAAAUGAAGUAUUAUUUUGUGGACUGGAGGCCAGAAAGUCAAUGUGAGCUUCUCACAGGUUUUUAAAGCUCCACUAAAAAUAAUUAUCCACUUGUCUUUACUUUUGUUGACCAGAAUAGUUGGUAACUCUGCCGGAGCCUCUACUUACCUGCCAAAAGCAAUUAAAUCUGGUUAAUGCCUGAAACCAAAUCUCUCAGUCUCAAGUGUUAUACUAUACAAGUUUUAAAUGGAAAGGUAAACUGUGGAGUAAUGAAAUUUUGGUUUUACUGUACAUUUUGCUAUCAAGAUAAUAUGCAUGUUUGAAAUCUUGUCUUUAUUUGUAAUUCAGUUACUGUCUGCUUUUAACCAUUUGCUUUCCUAAAGAAAGUUUGAGAUCCAGAGAGUUCAAGGGAUUGGGGAAAGAGAGGCGUCAAGUCAUUUGCACUUUGUACCUGUAAGUUAUGUAAUAAACUAUUAUACUC